CUAUACAUCAUUUUAUAUUUUCAUACAGAUUUUAUAAUAAAUGGAUCAGUUAAAACAUCUGUUAAUAUAUAUGUAGAUACAUCGGAUGGGAUAGGCGUUUUGUCUAUUAAAUAAGCCAAGUGUAUCAAUUUUGUUGCAGUCACUGGACUAUAUUUUUGAGUAUUUAUCUUUAUUUUAUCUUGGGUACUCAGCUGUUUAUUUGUACGCAAUAUAUCAGUAAAUAAUCUAAAAACUGAGGUCAUAUUAACUGUUGUGAUCUUGUUCAUUCUAGAGAAAACAGAGAUAGAAAUUUUGUCAAAAGUGUUCGUGUAACCGUUUUUUCGAUACUGUGUCCAAAAUGGAAUCUCUGUCUGCAAUUUUGUGUGGAAAGGAAAGCAUUAAAAUGGAAAAUCGGCUGGUACAAGAACCAGGUCCAGGUGAAGUGCAACUAUCGAUGCGCAAUGUUGGACUCUGUGGGUCCGAUGUGUACAUUUUCAAGAAUGGCAGUCAUGGAACUCAUAGAAUUGGUGGAUCAGGCAUUUUGGGUCACGAGGCAAGUGCCGUCGUCACAAAGGUUGGAGAAGGUGUAUCAAGACUAAAAGUUGGGGACAGAGUUGCCUUAGAACCUGGGGAAGCGUGCAAUAAGUGCAAGAAUUGUCUCAAAGAUGUCCGAAAUAUGUGUCUCACAGAGAAACCAUUUGACGGUAACACAUCUAAAUAUGACGGUUACAUCACCCGAUGUAAACUAAUGCGAGCAGACUACUGUUACAAAUUGCCUGACAAUGUGACGGACGAAGAAGGCGCACUGAUGGAACCCCUGGCUGUUGCUGUCCAAGACUGCAGACGUGCAGGUGUGGAGGCGGGAAGAUCUGUUCUCGUGCUUGGAGCAGGAACCAUAGGAUUGCUUUGUAUGAUGACUGCAAAAGCUAUGGGAGCUACAAAUGUUUGUAUUACUGAUGUUGUUGAGGAGAGACUCAAGCUAGCAAAACAGUUGGGAGCUACGCACACACUCCUCACUGCCUCACCUGAUAUGGAUUCCACCGUCCAAGAGAUUCAUACUCUGAUGGGGGAAAUGCCAGAUAUCACCAUUGAAUGCACAGGAAAUAUUUUCUGUCAACGGCUAGCAAUAAUGUCCACAAUACCAGGUGGAUGUGUCGCCAUUGUAGGAUACGGAGCGGAGGAAGUGACCUUACCUUUGGCAGUGAUGUGCCAACGACAAAUUGACUUGAGACCCUCUUGGAGAUACGAUAAACAUUGCUAUCCUAUAGCCAUAGAUUUGGUAGCGUCUGGUAAGAUCAACGUGAAGCCGUUGGUAACACAUAGGUUUUCCAUUGAACAGACAAACGACGCCAUUCAUGUAGCAGCAAGUCGUAAACCGGGAGUCCUUAAAUGUAUGGUCAAAUGUAACGAAUGAUAUUGAUUGUUAAUCUGAAAGAAAAGAGAUAUCUAGUGCUAAAACGCUGGGGACAAAACAGAACAUAUCUGAAGGAGAACCCGGGAAGUGUGUUUAUGCCUCUUUUGCACUUACAAUAUAAUGAUGAUACGGAUGUGAAAAUACUGUAUAUUGUUGGCUAAAUGAUAUCUGUAAAUUAUAGAUUCAAAAUAAAAGUAACAAGUGUUA